AUGGCGAGUCAACGCGAGACGGACAAGAGUAAAUAUGAAGAGGCACCGUCGACAUUUAAAUCUGCUGUGUGGGAGCAUUUUGGAUUCUCUGUAAACUAUGACGAGCAGGGGAAGAGGACUGUCAACAGGCAAAACACGGUGUGCAAGCAUUGCUUUACAACCAUCACCUACUCGACAGGUAAUACAUCUAACAUGUCGGCCCAUCUGCGUCGCCAUCAACCGGCUGUAACACUAAGCGGAGCAGCAUGGAGAGCUGGUUUCCCAGCGAAAACGCAGUCAACCAUUGCUGCAGCCUUUCAACAACAAUUCUCUAACAAUUCGGAAAAACACAAGGAAAUAACAAAAGCAAUAGGCGUGUUUAUAGCAAAAGACAUGCAGCCAUACUCGGUGGUUUCGGACAGGGGAUUUUGCUACAUGCUAAAGGUACUCGAACCUCGUUACAGUAUCCCCUCCCGCACCCAUUUCAGCAGUAAAGUCAUUCCUGAACUUUAUGAAGUGUGUAGGAGUGAAGCUGAAACCGAGUUGAAACAAGCCCCCUUCCUUGCUCUUUCUACUGAUAGCUGGACAUCCAGGGCAACAACUAGUUACCUUACAGUGACAGUACAAUACAUUUCAGAUUGGGAGUUAAAAGGCUACGUGCUACAGACUUGUCCCGUGUAUGAGCGCCAUACCAGUGCACAUUUGACACAAGAACUGAAGCAAGCAGUCACAGAAUGGAAGCUGGAGAGAGAAAACAUCACUAUUCCAGCUACCAGAGAUAAUGCUCCUAACAUCCACGACACAGAUGUCUUUGGGCCACACAUUGGGUGUUUUGCACACGUUUUGAACCUUGCAGCAAAGAAGGCUGUGGCUCUCAAUGCAGUGUCACGUCUCCUGGGGAAGGUCAGAAAAAUAGUAACAUUUUUCCACAAAAGCACCACUGCUGCUCAAGUUUUGACCAACAAACAACACAUGCUAAACAUACCAGAGCACAAACUGAUCCAUGAUGUUGGAACCCGCUGGAACACAGCACAUGACAUGCUUGAGCAUUAUGUGGAGCAGCAACCAGCCAUAUUCUCUGCCAUGGUAGACAAGGCUGUGAAAAACAGAGGCAAGGAUAUGGCCAUGCUCACUGACAGUGAGCUGAAGCUGGCGGAAGACCUCAUCCAGUUGCUUAACCCACUGAAAAAAAUGACAACUCUGAUGAGCAGCGAAUCAACUCCCACCUCAUCCAUGAUUCUUCCUCUGAAGACAAUGACUCUAAAAUCCAUGACACUACAUGCAGAGGACAGUCCAACUAUCAGGGAAGCCAAGCUAGCCAUCACAAAGGACUUGGAGAAAAGAUAUACAGACCCAGAUCUCCGAGACUACCUGCACAGAGCUACAGUCGUCGGCCCCAGGUUCAAGUCAUUACCUUUUCUCGAUGAAGCUGCCCGUGACCAAGUCUACAAGGACCUCAUAACAGAAAUUGUGCAGCAUGGACAUCAGGUAUUUGAUCUUUUUUUAAUGUGA